AUGGUCGGUUAUGAUUUUAACGUGACACCAGCUACCAGUGUAUUACAAGAAGACUUGCUUCGCCCUCGAUGGAAUCAGAUGGCCUCUAUUUUGUAUCCACUUUCCAUUUUGGUAGAUAUUGUUUUAUAUCUUAUGGUAACUUUAAUUACUCAAACAAGAAACUAUUUGAAAAUGUCUAUUAUUACUGUUUAUAAGCAAUUACAGACAACUACCGGAUACACAUCUGCUUGCCCGGUGUCAUUCUGGGGACAGUUUAUGACAAUAGUUUAUGGACUUUUUGGCAUUCCACUAAUGUUUUUUGCUGCCGUUGAUAUUGGCGGGUUCUUGUCUGAUAUCGUUUUAUUGGCAUACAGAAAGUUUUAUUGUCUUCUCUAUAUAAUUUAUUUCUUUCCUUUUGCGAGACAGAAACUGAGACUUGUAACUCACGGUAAAGCUCGGAAAAUCACUUGCGGUUUUACUGUAAUCAGUUGCGAAUUGAAAGAUUUAAAUAAACGAAGUGAAGACAGUAACACCAGCAAACCUGAUCAAGAAAAAGAUGUAGCUGGAUUACCGUUGUUCGUUUGCGCCUCAAUACUUCUGGUUUUCUGUAUGUCCGGAGGACUGCUUUACAGAGCUGCAGGUGGACAACGGACGUUUAUUGAAGCAUUUUUUGUGACUUUCAAUUUAGUUGCAAAUUUAACGAUGGCGGAAAUGCCGAAUGAUCUUAGCAGUUCAUUAACACUGGUCUAUAUAUUAAUCUUCGUUAUAUUUGGCUUGGCGGUUAUUUCGAUGUGUGGAAGUUUGGCCGCAGCAUCACUGAAAUCUCUAUUUUUGAAAAUACACUACUGUGGCAUAGAAUGGAAACGAUUGAGUCGCAAACAAAAUGCAAUGGUAAUAGAUCGCUUGUAUAUGUCUCUAUGUUGUUGUUUUGGGCGCCGCUAUUAA